GGACGCCACGCCAGUCUCUUGUUCAACCUGCGGCCCCGGCCCGGUUCUGGCUUUUCUCCUGAGCGAUCUUCCUCCCGCCUCCGCCUUUCUCUGACGGGUUGCUUGCUUGGGGCCCAUCCUGGACCUGACCCGCCGGCGAGAAUCGGUUUGCGGGUGCCCCGUUCGCUGAGAUUUCCGGCAAACGCUUCCGACAAAAGGGAACAAAAGGGAACGGCACACAUCGCCGUUGCGCGGCCGAUUAAGGUCUCCUUCACCAUGCGCCCCCUCUAUGGCUAACACACCCAAUUCCCGUCCAAGGCCUUCACCCUUAACGGAGCUCCCCCUACGAUCACCUCUAUCCAUCGAUCGACGACGAGAGAGCUCGGCAGCAAACAUGGAGGGACCUCUGAGCAUGCCCCCGGAACGGGGUACCAUAAUUGGCAAGCCAGCCUGGAAGGUGCGAUGGGUGGUUAUCGGAGGCUCGACUCGAGAUCAGACCCAAGUGGGCACAGCCAACAGAGGACAGACUAACCGCACAUCCGCGCCGAGGGAGCUCACCCGAACACUCACGGAGGGCAUGUUCCUCUCCAUAUACAAGUCCAAGGACGACACCGAACCAAUACAGCAGUACGCGCUUAGUUCGAUCGCCGACUGUCAGCUCCAGAUACUUUCGCACCGCAAACAAGGCCCAGCCCUCCCGACCAUGGUCAUCAACAUCUUACCAGAUCCGCAGUCAGACAAGGCGAGGAAGCGACGCUCGAGCAGGACUGCCGCCUUUUCCACUCCGAAGGAGACUGGACCGACCAGUCUGUUGUUCCGCCCUGGAGAAGAGCGACAGAACCUCCAAGAGUGGGUGCGCUUCAUUCAGCAAGCCAUCCAGCCAUAUGUCCCAGACAGAGUGCCCAUGAGCCCGCUCACGCCAGCGUCGCCGACCUUCGUCAACCCAUUCACGCCUCGACCCAGGGAAGCCAGCGACGUGCAGCAGCGGCCGAGCAGUAGGAAUGGUUCGCGCCCAGGGUGCUUCCUGAAGAAUCAUAGCCAAGCGAGCUCUGCCCGCGACCGGCCCGUCACUUUCUCUGAUGCUCCGAGUCUGCGGUCCAAAAGGAGCGACCUUUCUUCACAAACCGGUUCUACCACCCAGUCCCAUAUGGCUUUCCCUAGCUACACCGCCAUGGUUCCUGCGGACCUCCCGUCCCUGGCAACGACGAUUGGGGAGUAUCAGGGUGAGUUUAUCGAAGGAUGGACAUCAGCCCAGGGCAGAUCGUCGGCACUCAGUUCCCCCAUCAGAGGGCGGGGCAGUGUCAGUUUGCAGGCGCCGGCUCCGCUGCCGCCAGUACCAGACCCCAACCCGCCGCCGGGCCCGCGGGAAACCAUCCUCGACAGGGCGUUCCAGUUGCGCUGCAUCCCCGGUUCUGAGCGCGAGAUUCCCGGGGAGGAAAAGUUGAGCUCGUUGGCCCGUUUUGACGCCCUGAUGCGGGAAAUGGAUGAGAAGAGGAAGAAGCGAGAGGCCGAAGCGGCAGAGUCGCGAGCACAAGCUGCCGCAGAUUCAUCGGUCGGAACAUCGAGUUCGCAGCCCAAGAGCGCAUUCGACCGUGACGAUUCCGAUUCGGACUUGGAACAAGACUCAGACGACGACAGCGAUGAUGACAGCGACGGGAUUCUUGGGGAAGGCGACGUUGAGGACCAGUUUCCGUCGACAUCAGCUCAACAAAGAGCCCUCGACUUCAUUGCGGGGAAGUAUGAGCCUCCACGUCGGCAUCGACCAACGUCGCGCGGCGUGCGGUCUCCGCCGACUUAUAACCACGAGGCGUUUAUGGCUCUAUCAAGUCCCGGGUAUUCCCAGACGCGGCCCCAGACGGGCUACUCGAGGACCCGGAGCAGGCCGGGAAUGUCUCAGAGGACGCACAGCCAGCCACAAUUGGCGACAAUGCUGGGUUCCUCGUCGCCUCUGGAACCGCCCAGGGAGUCUGAGGAUGGAACUGGAUUCAGCUUUACCCCAGGCUCUCCAUCGGCCACCCACCGCAACUCGGCCGAGAAGCGGCACUCGGGGUCAAGCACCAAGCGCCUUAGCUUUACCGAGUUCACAAGGCGCCUGAGCAGCGCAAGCAGUCUGCUCCUUGUGCAGACCAACGCCAGCGGCCCUUCCAGCAGAAGGGCGAGCAACAGCGACCUGGACCCGCAGCAGCCGCCGCAAUCGCCUCCUCAACCGCUGCACCACCUUCACCCGAGGGCUGGCCCGCCGACCCCCCAGCAGUACCACCAACCGCCGCAGUCUCCACCUCUGGCAGGCGAGCGUGAGCGGCGCGGCUGGCGGGGCAGUGUGGGCGUGUUUGGCGACGGCGGCUUUGUAUGACCGGGACCGGGCUUGCUUAACCUUGCCGUUUCCGUUUCCCCAGCGCAUGCUGGAGUGGGUUGUUCU